GGCCAUUGAGCUACUUAGUGGAACUACAAGAGCCACAAUGCAUUUGGCCGUCGUGGCUCCUCCGCUCACAUCCGCUUGACUCGCUAUCGUGCUGGAAAAAGGACUUUGAGAAACUGCAGCGAUGUCAGUCCAGGUUGUGGCAGCGAAAAUGGCAGAGGUCGAACUCAAAGACGUCCCCACCGGCAAAGACCUGCCGGCUGAAUCCCCGGUGACACCCACGUCGGAAGGCAAGAACCUCCCCAGAAACGACCCGCACGAGGCCGGUUCCGCGGCUGCCGUGUCCCCUAUCGCGGAGCCUUCCGCGAAAGCCGGGGAAGGAGGCACGGGCUUGCUCACCCCAAACCCGGCGAAGAUGCCUCAAGCGUCGUCUAUGAAACGCUCGGACCCGCAGCAGAACGGCGGGGAGGCGUUUGUCAACCGGGACGGAACCGUUGCCGAGGCUCCUCGCAUGAAAAAGAUCCAGUUUGCAGACCAGAAACAGGAGUUCAACAAGCGUCCCUCCAAGAUCGGACGGCGCUCUCUGUCCCGCUCCAUCUCCCAGUCCUCCACAGACAGCUACAGCUCAGCGGCAUCAUACACGGACAGCUCUGAUGACGAGACAUCUCCUCGUGACAAACAGCAGAAAAACUCCAAGGGCAACGGCGACUUCUGCAUCAAAAACAUCAAACAGGCCGACUUCGGGCGCAGAGAGAUCGAGAUAGCUGAGCAAGAGAUGCCAGCACUGAUGGCUCUGAGGAAGCGAGCCCAGGGGGAAAAACCCCUCGCUGGUGCCAAGAUUGUGGGCUGCACCCACAUCACUGCCCAGACUGCUGUGCUGAUGGAGACUCUGUCAGCUCUGGGCGCUCAGUGCAGAUGGGCAGCAUGCAACAUCUACUCCACCCAGAAUGAGGUGGCAGCUGCCCUGGCAGAGGGAGGUUUCAGUGUAUUUGCGUGGAAGGGAGAAUCAGAGGACGACUUCUGGUGGUGCAUCGACCGCUGUGUCAAUGUGGAAGGCUGGCAGCCCAACAUGAUCUUGGAUGACGGUGGUGACCUGACUCACUGGAUUUAUAAAAAAUAUCCCAGCAUGUUCAAGAAGAUCAAGGGCAUAGUAGAGGAGAGCGUUACUGGUGUGCACAGGUUAUAUCAGCUGUCCAAGGCCGGGAAACUCUGCGUUCCAGCCAUGAAUGUCAACGAUUCAGUCACCAAGCAGAAAUUUGACAACCUGUACUGCUGCAGAGAGUCCAUCUUAGACGGCCUGAAGAGGACUACUGACGUCAUGUUUGGAGGCAAACAGGUGGUGGUGUGUGGAUAUGGAGAGGUUGGAAAAGGCUGCUGCGCUGCCCUCAAAGCAAUGGGCUCCAUCGUCUACGUCACAGAGAUCGACCCCAUCUGUGCCUUGCAGGCCUGCAUGGACGGCUUCAGGCUGGUGAAACUCACCGAAGUCAUCAGACAAGUGGAUAUCGUCAUUACCUGCACAGGCAAUAAGAACGUUGUGGUGAGAGAGAACCUCGACCGCAUGAAGAACGGCUGCAUCGUCUGCAACAUGGGACAUUCCAACACUGAGAUCGAUGUGGCAAGUCUGCGGACUCCUGAACUCACCUGGGAGAGAGUGCGCUCUCAGGUGGACCACGUAAUCUGGCCUGAUGGAAAGAGGAUAGUCCUGCUGGCAGAGGGUCGUCUGCUGAACCUCAGCUGUUCCACUGUGCCCACUUUCGUUCUCUCAAUCACUGCCACCACUCAGGCACUGGCACUGAUAGAGCUCUACAAUGCCCCUGAAGGACGGUACAAACAGGAUGUUUACCUGCUGCCCAAGAAGAUGGAUGAGUAUGUGGCCAGCCUGCAUCUCCCAACAUUUGAUGCGCAUCUUACAGAGCUGAGUGACGAGCAGGCCAAGUACCUGGGCUUAAACAAGAACGGGCCCUUUAAGCCAAAUUACUACAGGUAUUAGCCAAGUAUUGUGGGAAGAAGAACUCCGUGAAUCAUACAGACUGGUAGCGGAGGACAGGAGGGAGGACACAACAGCCAAUACACCUGCUUUAUAUGUAAGGGAGAAGGGGGCGGAGCUCUGAAUGAGCCUGCAGGGUGGGGGAGGGGAGGGGCGUGGCUUUCCCUGCUUAUGGCAGUCGUUUUAUUUAUCCCCCGCCUGAUAACAGUAAUAAUAACAAUAAUAACAUUAACUACACCUCGGAGCUGCUCCUGCCAUUGACCUCGAGCUAGCUCCCAAACCCCGUCUCCCGCUCACUCGUCAUUUCCACCCGGUCCUCUUCAGACGCUCAUUUGUAUGUCGAGUCGUAUGUAAACCUCCAUCCUCCCUUCCACGUUGCCAGAUCUUUUAUCGUUUAUCUGUUAAAUAUGAAAUUACUGAAGCUAAAGAUAUAUACUAUAUUAAAAAAAAAUCUUGAUUUAAAAAAACAAAAAAACUGUGUGAAUGAAGACCACCUUUGAAGAUUUAUCUUGUGUCGGACAAUUUUUCCUGUCCCUUAUUUUUGUCGUCUUUUCUUUUCUACUUGUGAUUUUUUUUUUCUCUCUUUUUUUGUGUAUUAUUGGGGUGGGACGGGUGGGGCUAGACUGAGGGUUUAGGCGGGGGUCUCAGGGUCCAAUCAUAUCGUUUUAUUUGAUUGCGAUUUGUCUGUUUUUUAAGUUUUGUUUUUUUUUAGUACGCUCUUAUGUCACUACGGGUCACCCUGUAGUUUUUCUUUCUUUCUUUGUUUUUUAAAACAUGACUGGAGGGUGACCCCCGCCAGCCCCUCACCCAAACACCUGUCACUCAAACCCACAGUGAAACCAUCUCAUUCGCUGCUCUUCUUUCUCACCCGCUCUAGCGACGCCAGUGUUGAAGUAAUGAAAAGUAUUUUUAUUUGGUCCUUCACUUAAACAAGAAUACUGUAGUAAAAGCAUGGCAGGCUUUUGGAUCAUCACGAGGGUAUACUGUGUAUUUAGAUGUUUAUAAAGAAAAGAUUUUUCUAUCUUUCGUUUAUUUCCUCUCCUCUAAUAUCAUUGCAGUAUAAUGUUCUAAUGAUGCGUGUAAUAAAUAUACUCGAACUCUCGUUUUAAAUACUGUGAGAAAAUAUUUACAGAAAUACCAAACAGCAGCCACCCUGGUACGUAAAGGAGCAGCUCACCUCAAAAAUCAAAUGUAGUUAGUUUGUUUGUUUGUUUUCUUUCAAAUGUAGGUUGUAGCUUUGUUUGGAUCUGCCUUCUCUUGAACGUCAUGGAACUAAAAAGCAUUACCUUCUCUUCUGGUUCUUGGAGCAUUAAAAAAAAUCGAUCUGAAACUAGGUAGCAGUGUCACUUUCGCAAAAUUAUGCUCCGGCUAUUCAAGAUAACGGAACAAAACUCCACCCAAAUAUUGUGAGCAGCUUCAUGUAGGAACUGUUUCCUUCCUGCUGAAUUACAACAACCCUCUCACUCAUAACGCUUAUUUUUGUGACAGGGUGUGGACACUAAUGGGUGUCCCCCGUCCCCUGAGCUGUUUGUUUGGCUGAUGUAGACAGAAGAAAGAAAAUAGUUCCUACAUGAAACCUCCAAUAACAAGAUGAGAUUUUUACCCACACCCUGCUGGGCAGGCGGCGUAGACACCCAGGUUUGUGAAUGUGAUAACUCGAGAAUGAAACGAUGUAUGAUUUUUAACUUGAUACCAUAGUUGCAUCUACUAGAAGGCCAACAGUAUUUUUGAGUUAGCGCUUUAAGCAAAACCCCACUUACUUCCAUUAUAUUUAAGAGAAGGCAGACGCCUCUACAGCAUACAUCUCUAUCUGUGCAGUGUACAUUGUGGCUAAAA